GUGAGAAUGUUAGAAAUAAUGUGUAAAGGGUAAAUAUGGAAUGAAACUCAUAGUUAUAGUUAUAGAUAUGAAAGUUUAAGAAAAAUUCAUUGGUGACAUUCUCACCUGUCUCUACACGAACACUUUCACAAAGAUAUAUACAUUUUUUUUCAAUCUUUGGGGGAUUCUCUUAGUCAAGGAUCAACUAUGCUUGUGAAGUCUCUCUCAUUUCCUUCCAAUCUCUUCCCAAGUUUUUCUGCAAGUGAAAUUGGAACAGACCAAAGAUGGGCACCCUCGAAAUCCUCGAAUUCUCUCAGUUUUUCUUCGAAGCUUCAAUUUUUGCGUAAAAGCACUCAAAACUCAUCUGGGGUUGGUCCUGGUGAUGCAGUCAUAAUUGUGGAUCACGGGUCACGUCGCAAAGAGUCCAAUCUAAUGCUUAAUGAAUUUGUGGAGAUGUUUAGACACAAAACUGGAUACCAGAUUGUGGAGCCUGCUCACAUGGAACUAGCAGAACCAUCAAUUGGAGAUGCUUUUCAAUCUUGCGUUCAGCAAGGGGCACACCGUGUUAUUAUCAGUCCCUUUUUCCUCGGUCCUGGAAGGCAUUGGAGUAAGGAUAUUCCUUCCUUGAGUGCAGAGGCAGCAAAGCAACACCCUGGUGUAUCAUACAUUGUUACUGCGCCUCUUGGACUCCAUGAGCUACUUGUGGAUGUUGUGAAUGAUAGGAUCAAUUAUUGCUUAAAGCAUGUCGCUGGAGAAGCAGACGAGUGUUCAGUUUGUGCUGGAACUGGAAAAUGCAUACUUAAUCAAUAAUUUUAGGAUACUAAAUAGUUGAGUGUCCUUUUUAGAAGGUAGAUGAGGAUGACAUGAACCUUAAAGUCAAAGGAAUGUGUAAAUUUAUUGAGCUGUAACUGUUCCAAAGCCACAACUUCAAGCAACAGAUUGAUUCUCGUAGAUAAACUUUAUAUGUGCUUCAAAUCAUCAAA